AUGACUUUCAAGUUGCUGGUGUGUAUCGCAAUAGCGAUAAUUGUGGAAACUGCUGUCGUCUCUGGUGGAUCUUUACGCGACAUUGAGCAUGUUGUCAUCUUCAUGCAGGAGAAUCGCUCGUGGGACACGUAUUUUGGCACUAUGCCUGGAGUACGGGGCUUCAAUGAUCCCAAUGUCCAGGUUAACUCCGACGGAAACUCGGUUUGGCAUCAAUUAGUCGAGCCGGCCCAGUCCAGCAAGACGAAGACCUUGUUGCCCUGGUAUUUCGGAUAUCAAGGUGGCGACUGGCAUGAUGCCAUUCAAUGCAUGGUCGCUGGUAGCAACGGCUACCAGGAGAACCAGCAAUCUCUAAACAACGGGCUAAACAACCACUGGGUGACUAAAAACACCCCCUGGAGCUGGGGUUACCUGAAACGGCAAGAUAUCCCCGUUCAAUUUGCUAUUGCUGAAGGUUGGACAUCGGGAGAUAUGUACCAGGAAGGUCAAAUUACCGCCACAAGUCCUAAUCGGGUCACUUUGGUCAGCGGCUCCAUUAACGUUCCUGGUAGUCCCCAGAGCAAGGACCAGGGAGGUGUAUAUAUUGACAACAAUGAGGUACCAGGCUGUGAUGACCAUGGUAUCAACUGCUACCCACUCAAAUGGAAGACCGUCUAUGAAUUUUACGAAGACGCAGGAGUCUCUUGGCAACUCUUCCAAGAUACAAACAACUUCGACGAUAACCCUCUCGCAUGGUUUGAGCAAUUUCAAAAAGCUUCAAAAAAUAGUCCUCUGGCCAAAAAGGGCAUGUCAUUUGUUGGCCUCAAUUCCUUCUAUCAAGCUGCCGCCGACGGCACAUUGCCCGAGGUCAGUUUCAUUGUGGGCCCGACCGAGCUGUCUGAGCACCCACCAUACAUGCCAAAGGAUGGAGCCUGGCUCCAGAAGAAGAUCGUCGACGCGGUCACGAGUAGCCCGAAAUAUAACUCGACGCUUCUGAUGAUUAGCUACGAUGAGACUGGUGGAUUUGGUGACCAUGUCACCCCCUUCCAUUCUCCUAAGGAUACCCCGGGAGAAUGGAUGCAGGAUCCCCUGGGUCUGUUCUCGGAUAUCUUUGUAGGACCUGGCUUCCGAGUACCAUUCUAUAUGAUCUCUCCCUGGACUCGAGGAAACCGUGUGUUCACUGAGCGGGCAGAUCAUACCUCUCAGAUUCUGUUCGUUGAGGAAUGGUUGACUGCGCGGGGACACAAAAACAUUACAACCGAUCAGAUGGUUUCAUGGCGACGCAAGCACAUGUCUAAUCUGGUCAACGCACUUGAUUUUGACCACCCAGACUACUCUCUUCCCGUUCUCCCGGAUGCCGGGACUCCUGAUACUAACGGAAAGGGCGAUUUUACCGGUACAUCUAACUGCCAGUCACGUCACAAGCAGACACGACCAGAUGUUCCAUAUGGAGAACAAAGCAAUGCAACGGAUGUCAAUACACUCUGGUUUGAAGAGGGGUUCAAAGAGGUGAUCGGCUACCUCACCGAAGGCCGAUACCUUGUCUUUGAGAAAAAUGGAGCAGCCAUCACGAAUCCGUCCAGAGGCAACAGCCUUGUGUCCAGCCCUGCAAGCCCUCGGCAUAACGAUAAAUCCCAGCGUUGGGUAAUUCACUACAAUGAUAACGAGGAAAGUCAUACAUUUACAAUCUCCAGCGCAUUGGAUGGCCGAUGGAUUGGUCCUGGCGGUUCUUUGCUUCCCAAAAGUCAGAGUGCAGAUGCAGCUCAAGUGCAAUUCACCUUCUUAGCGAAUGGCCUUGGCCACACCAUGCAGUAUGUGGGGAAAGGGCGGUACAUUGAUAUUGACAAGAAGGGACACUUGAAUGCCGAAGGUAGCCAGACUAAACCUACCAGUGGCUACAAGGUCUUCAGUGUCUCUUACCGUGAUUAG